AUGGCGCCCAGGAGCUUGGAGACGGCCACGCCGCCGCCAUCCGAGCGCUGUCAUAUCCAUGCCCCCGGGCUGGCCUGCCGACGGCACCAGCAGCAGGUCAACACGACGACGGGGCAAGCCAGGAAAUGUCCGCCAGGUGGAAGGCCCAAUUCAAUUUACCAUCACAUCGCAGACCCAAGAGCCUCGGUUCAGCACCAUCUCAUCACCACUCCCUUGUUAUAUAUUUCCUCCUAUCCGCUUCUCCUCUCAGACCAGCUGUUCAUCCUGGCCAACUUGAUCACAUACAUCAUUCAAGCCAUUAUUCGUCUCUACCGCGCAAUCUUCCGUCCCAAACGCCAGAAAGAGAGCGUGCUGCCCAUCUCGUCCUCAGCCAUCUCGACCGAAGCAUUCAGCAACCACUACAACAGCACAUCCGCUAAGAUGCCUGCCACCACGACCCCGGCCGAGAACGGCAACGGCAGCACCAGCAGCAAGUACGAUGCCAUCCCGGGUCCGCUCGGUCUGGGUGCGGCCUCGCUAGCCGGCAAGGUCGCGCUGGUCACGGGUGCCGGCCGCGGCAUCGGCCGUGAGAUGGCGCUGGAGCUGGGCCGCCGCGGCGCAAAGGUCGUGGUCAACUACGCCAACAGCGACUCGUCCGCACAGGAGGUCGUGGCAGCCAUCAAGAAGUCGGGGUCCGACGCCGUUGCCGUCAAGGCCAACGUGUCCGACGUCGACCAGAUCGUCUUCCUCUUCGCCGAGGCCAUCAAGGCCUUUGGCAAGCUCAACAUUGUCUGCUCUAACUCGGGUGUCGUCAGCUUCGGCCACGUCAAGGACGUCACCCCCGAGGAGUUUGACCGUGUCUUCAGUGUCAACACCCGCGGCCAGUUCUUCGUUGCCCGCGAGGCCUACAAGAAUCUCGAGGUCGGUGGCCGCCUCAUCCUCAUGGGCUCCAUCACCGGCCAGGCCAAGGCCGUCCCCAGACACGCCGUCUACUCUGCCAGCAAGGGCGCUAUCGAGACCUUUGUCCGCUGCAUGGCCAUCGACUUUGGCGACAAGAAGAUCACCGUCAACGCAGUGGCCCCCGGUGGGAUCAAGACCGACAUGUACCACAAGGUCUGCCGUGAGUACAUCCCCGGCGGCCUGGGCUUUACGGAUGAGGAGACAGACGAGUAUGCUGCCGGCUGGUCACCGAUACACCGUGUCGGCCUCCCGAUCGAUGUAGCUCGUGUUGUGGCCUUCCUGGCCUCCCAAGAUGGAGAAUGGAUCAACGGAAAGGUCCUUGGCGUGGAUGGCGGUGCUUGCAUGUGA